AUGGUUAUAGGAGAGACACGAGGUCCAGAGCUCCCUCCCUCCGGCCACGGCGUCGGUCUCCUUCGCCUCAAUCGUCACAUGGCCAUUUUCCGAUUCACGAUGUUCGGGUCAUCCACCGCCACCACCACCACCACCAUCCGAGCGCGUGUACCCUCCGCGAGUCUUAAGGGCAGCUUCAAACGCCUUGCAGUCGAUCGUUCCCGUCAAGAGUCGUGCGAUCGCAACCUUGAGCAUGACGGGUACCAGUCGUCAAUGCAACCGCGUGUUCGGCUAUCCAACACCCGGUUGCUGGAUCUAGCCCAUGAAGCUUCGGACAAGGUGGACUUCCGUCGUCUCACGAAUCGCCAAGCGUCGCUGCGCAAUUGGAAGUGGAAGACCGUGGCCAAUGCGUUCACGGCUUUUUCCCAUGGCGAUGGCUUCGAGUCAGCUCAAGAAGUGCUGGCUACAGGAGAGAUGAAAGCCUCGUUGAACGAGUUGGCUCAUAUUCUGAGCACGGCCACGGAUGUUGACCAUGACAUGAUGAUGCGGAGCGUGUACAAGGACUACAUCCACGGCUCCGUCGUGCACGUCGUGGGUCCCUCGGUAAAGUCUGUCUCGACCUCGUCAGGUGUGAAAGCUGAGGUGGAAUCCAAGCUAACAGUCAAGACCAGUGCUUUUGAGCGCUCCCGGAUGUUCAAGAACCAUGAACAAUGGUGCUUUCUCGAGUACUUUGAGAAGAUGAGCAGUGCGGACAGCUUCACGGUGACGCUAACGUCCGUGCCUGAAAGUGAGCUACUCGCUGGCAAGAUGAAAGCGGACCGGGUGGACGAAUUGCCAGACUUGACGGCGGCUUACCUGAUUGAGAAGAUUUCAGCGAGCAAUCUCGUCCGCGUCGUGUUCUUCGCUCAAGCUUCGCUUCAUGAACACGAGCCGCAGUUUGACCCUUUGAACUCGAGCUACAGUACGAACAGUGAGAGUCAGCGCGGCAGCCAACUCGCUUGGUCGAAGAAGCGCCAACAGCGCUUGAUGCGGCUUGCUGCCGGAGCCAGUCAGCUUCCGGAUGUUGUCCGUCGUCGCCGCUUUGGUACACAAUUGCUCGCUGACUGCUCGGCUUUUGAAGCCAAGAAUUCGCGCUGUACGUGUUGCGCCAAGUCACUGCGCUUUCUCACGCGCAAGAAACGCUGCCACGUCUGUGGGUAUAUUGUCUGCCAUCAGUGCUGGAGCAUCCAUUCCAUGGAGACCCGUGCUGGUCGCGUCUCGUCCGUGCGCGCUUGCAAGCGCUGUGUCGAGUUCGUGCACAACGGAGACUACUCGUGCGUGAACCAGCAAACUCGUGGACGGAUUCAGAUUGUUCCUGAUUCACCGAGUCAUCCAUCGAGUGAGACUCCUGGAAAAGCAUUGACCAACUUCUUGUACGACGCUCUACAGAACUCGACGGGAGACAAGCGCAAGUCGGUCAUGUCUGUGGUUCGUCAUUUGAUGAAUCAGGAGAAAGAGGAGGCUGAAAGCCGCUCCGAGUGCUCGUCACCGAGACGUUUGACGGACAAAGAUGCAAAGAAAUACGCUAACGCGCUGCACAAUGGAAUGCUGCACGUUGAGCCGCUUCCACUGGAUGAAUGUGUGCUUGCGACGGUUGAAGGUCGCAAUUACCCGCUGAAUAUGGCACGUGAUGCCGGGACGUUGAGUAAAACACCAAUGCCGAAAGACGAGCAGCUUCGGAUUGCUGCUAUUGAGCGAGGCGGGUUUUCCAAGAUCACGGACACGGACGAGCUCGAUCUGAUCUGUGAGCUGGUUGCACGUGAAAUGAAGUGCUCGACGAGUAUCGUGACACUGGUCUGUGAGGACGAGCAGCAUGUACUGGCCUCGAAUUUCCUGCCAUUCCGGCAGCUGCAUAUGCCGCGCGAGCAGUCUUUCUGUCAACACACGAUCAUGAAUACGGAGCCACUGCUGGUCCCGCAUCCCGAGUCGGACAUCCGAUUCCAGAAUUUGCCGGCACUUCUCGCCCACGAAAUGCGAUUUUACCUCGGGUUUCCUCUCAAGGACGAGAACAACCAAGUGGUGGGUUCCGUAUGCUGCAUUGACGGCACGUCCCGCGACGUGUCUGCGUCUCAGUACUCGGCAAUGAAGAAACUUGCUGAGACGGCGUCCAAGGUGGUGCAAAUCAAGGGAAAGCAGAUUCGGAUGGCCGACUUGAAGACAGCCACUGCCUAA